AAUCAUUAGCAUAUAUUUAGAAUGGGAGAACAUAAUUGGAAGAACAUAAUUGGUCAUAUCCUCAAGGGAAGAUUUUGGCAUUGUUUUACUUCAAAAAAAGAAUUAAUUUUUUUUCUAGUUGUUUUAGACUUGGAUAAAUUUUUCUACUUAUUUUGAACUUUGAUAAUUGGCUUUUGCCUAUGUCAUCCCAAUGUUGAAUUAGACCAAUCAGUUUCUCUCAAUAAAGCAAAUUCAAACCAAACAAUUUCAAUCCUUGGCAUUGUGUUAUGGAUUUCUUUAAUAUUGCCAACUUAACUUGAUUUUCAUUUGUAAGCAUAAAUGAAGUCGAGCACAAUGUAGUUACCAUUUAAAAUCUAUAUAAACCUCUCUCAAAUUUCUUUCUAUAUAUAUAUCAAUCUUGUAAGUCUUGCUGCAAACAAAAGAAAAAGGAAAGGAAAGGAAAAUGGAGAAAAGAGGAGUCUCACUGAUCUUGAUGGUCUGUUUGGUGAUGAGCACUCUAGUAGAGCAAUCCAGAGCUCAAGGUGGAAUUGUGGUCCCCAUUGGCGUUGCAGCAAUCUGCUUUGGGGCCUGCUUUGUCCCAUGCGUUCUUCUACCUGGAACAACAGCUGGCUCUUGCUCUAUCGAUUGCAUUAAGAACUGUCUCUCCAAAUCUACUGCGGGCGGUGUCAAAGACACCCAAUACUUCUGCAACCUUGGUUGUUCUACCGCCUUGUGCUCAAGUUUCAGCACCAAAGAAAAUCCUGGUAAUUUCUUUUUCCUCUCUACUUUUGGAAACAUACAGACACAAGAUCAACAAACUCAAGGUUUUGUUUUGCUUUUUUUGUUUAUAUUAAUUCCAUAGCUGCAAAGAAAGUUGGAAGCUGUAUGGAAUCUUGCUCAGCAACAUGCGCCAAGAAGAACUGAUCAAUUCCCAUAUAAGAGAUCGUUCAUGAAUGAAUAAAGAACAUGGCCUGUUCAGUGAUUUGGGAUUUAAUCCCAAUUAAUGUAUUUAAAAUAACGACUGUAUGUAUGUCAAAAUCCUUAACUGCUGCUACUCAUUCUCUCAAUGUGGGAAUGAAUUAAUGACGCUUCUUAAAUAUUUUGGUUAAUAUGAAUGUAAAA